UAAGAUCAAUUAAAUAAAUAAGAGAUUUCAGGGAAUGUCGUGGGGGCAUCAGCUCUAAUUUAUAAUAACGUCUGUUUGGUGUCUUUUGAAUGUAUUUUACUUUAUGUCUGAAGUGUGACGCACAAUAUUUCACACCCAUGUAUGCGAAUGCGUGUACUUGUAAAGUGACUGAAAAAAGAUUCUGGUUCCUCUUCUUCUCUAUGUUCAUGCUUAAGAGAUGAUUAUCUGAAGUAUUUUUACAAGACUGAUAUAAUUUGCAAACUACUUACAGAACAGACGCCCAGUGAUUCAGUUGUAGUUUACUCAUCUAUGCUGGAAACUAUAAGACUGAUGUCUUAAAUAGAACCACACUUCAUCACAUUUUCAUUUCACCAGAAUAGAAAAAAAGAUUCCACAUGUGAAGCCCACGACAGAUGUAAACUCAGAAUGGAGCUGAUGCUCUUAUUUGGGCUCUGCUUGGUUUCACUUCAGAUGACUUUUAUUUUAUAAAUGGCAGUUUAGCAACGUCUGUACCAUACGACCGCGGUGACUUCCUGAGCACUCCCAGGUGCAGCAGCACUUAAAUCAAGACCGAGUGGCUUCACAGGAAGUAUUCGUUGAUACACCCAUUCUGUGAUCAGGCUGACAUCUGAGGAGAAGACCGGCACUUUCACUGAAAGAAGGACUAUACUUUCAGCUCUCUGUCAGAAAAUGAACACCACUUGUCAGCGGAUCAGCUUUGAUUUUGGAGGCAAAUUUCUGCCUCCAGUUUACAUCUUGGUUUUCAUUACUGGCCUGGCAGCCAACGCAUGGGGAUUGAAAUCCUUGUGGCACAACUGGAAGAAACUGGGUAACGUCAACUUGUUCAUUCUCAACCUCGGGCUUGCUGAUAUCUUGUACCUGCUCACGCUCCCGUUUUUGGUGGAGUACCACUUGAAGAAAGGUAGAUGGAUCUUUGGAGUAGCAUUUUGCAAGAUAACAAGGUUCUGCUUCAACUUGAAUUUAUAUGGCAGCAUCUGGUUUCUCACCUGUAUCAGCGUGUACAGAUACCUCGCCAUCGUCCACCCAAUGAGAGUAAUGGGAAGAAUAACUGUGACACACUCUUUGACGAUCUCUGUGAUGGUUUGGUCUGUUGUGAGUGUUCUUAGUCUUCCAGACAUGUUCUUCCCCAAACACUAUGGAAACAACACUAAAAAAUGCUUUGACACCACCAGCAAGGACCACGUUGAGGAUUACCUGACAUACAGCCUUGGAUGGACAUUCUUUGGGUUUUGUAUUCCUCUCCUCAUCACAGUGGGCUGCUACGGACAUGUGAUUGUUGUUCUCUGUCGCUCUAACACCAUUGACAAGGUAAUGAAACAGAGGAGUUUGAAGUUGCUGUUCAUCUUGAUUCUUCUCUUCUCAAUUUGUUACAUCCCCUAUCAUGUUUUGAAGAACUUCAACCUUUUGGCAAGAGUCCUGACCAAGCAGAACAUCUGUCAGGGGUGGUUUAAUGGAGUCUACAUUGCUCGUCAGAUAAGUCGUGGCCUUGUGGCCUUGAACAGUGCUCUUAAUCCUCUGGUUUACCUCCAUGCACAUGAAGAUAUUAACACCCAGCUCAGAAAACUACCCCAGCGGAUUCGUCGCAUGUUCAACCAUUUCACUCCAUUACACUCCGGCAGGGUAGAGGUGACACAAAUAACAAAUGACCUUUAAAACAAAGCAACAUGUUGAUUGUUCUGUUGAAACGGUACUUUUAAAUCUGAGCUGAGUGAUUAAUGAAGCCCAGCUGUUCAUCUUCCUACAUUUUUCUGCUGUAAAUCCUCAUAUAUGUAAAUAUACUCAAACAGUUGUCACAUCAUCUGCCUUUUACUGUACAUAUUUAUGUCCUUUGUCAAAAAUUGUAUAUAUUAAAUGUUUGAUGCAACUGUAAAUGUGCCCAACAGUGUUCAAAUAAAACAAAUCUCUCUUGAAAACUGG